GUUGUUUUUUAAAAGUCCAGUGUACAAGGGGUCAAAAUGAGUCUCUCUGGGGAGAAUGAGGAGGCUGGCCCUCCCUCUAGUAUCUGUGAAGAGACUGAAGAGGAAGCCACUGCUUCUAGAAUGAGUCUCUCUGGGGAGAAUGAGGAGGCUGGCCCUCCCUCUAGUAUCUGUGAAGAGACUGAAGAGGAAGCCACUGCUUCUAGAAUGAGUCUCUCUGGGGAGAAUGAGGAGGCUGGCCCUCCCUCUAGUAUCUGUGAAGAGACUGAAGAGGAAGCCACUGCUUCUAGAAUGAGUCUCUCUGGGGAGAAUGAGGAGGCUGGCCCUCCCUCUAGUAUCUGUGAAGAGACUGAAGAGGAAGCCACUGCUUCUAGAAUGAGUCUCUCUGGGGAGAAUGAGGAGGCUGGCCCUCCCUCUAGUAUCUGUGAAGAGACUGAAGAGGAAGCCACUGCUUCUAGAAUGAGUCCCUCGGGGAGUGAGGGAGAAAUGUCCCUUAAAAGGAGUUUUCCUACAGAACAGGACACUGACAGGGAACUUAAGAGGAUCAAGACAGACAGACCAGUCUCACCUGCACCUAGUGGUGUCUCCAUGAAGAGUGACUAGUCAAUGGGACUUCCUAUUCUCUUUAGGAAAGCAGAACUUUCCACUGAGCAAAGAUCAGCGCAUCCUGAUCAGAGGUCUGCCAUGGAUUCCCGCGAGGAGAGGCACAUUGUAGGACCCCUUGUACACAGUUAAUUUGAAAUGCAAAUCUGACUCAACGGGUGUUGUCAUCAUCAACCAACAUAGUUAUUUCUCCUCCAGUGCUACCAACAGUAUUUUUUCCAGAAGUCACAGAAUUUUCAGAGAGGAUCAGAAUCCCACUUGUGAUUGGUAGAUUAUUUUUGUCUUCUAACGUUGCUUUAUUAAACUUGGAAUAUACUCCAUGAGUUAAUGCUCAAGAGGAAAAAUGAAGCACCUCUCGACAGAUGCUAAGUGUAACUGCCACUACUGGUAAUAAUCCCUGGUUUUCAGUGAUCACAACUCUAACCAAAUCAACCCAAUCAACCACACACACUUAUAGCACAUAAAGUAAGCAUUUUGUCUUUAUGACAGACUUUUAAGUCACAGGUAAAGUUUUGUUGCUCUCGGAAGAAAAACCUACAUUUGUCAGUUAAGUUUUUUGUUACAUUGAAUGUUAUUGGUAACUAUCCACAACUCUAGGAUCUCAAUGUUAAAAUAGGGACCUUUCUUUUCCAUUUCCUGGUUUCAGUUUUGGUGUUUUUCUUCCGACAGCAAGGAGGAUGCAAGCUGGGUUGCACCUUUGCACUACUAGCAAAACUUAAUUAUUUACCAACAGUGAAUUACAGACAUAAAGUAAAUAAGGCUACAAAGCACCAAGACUUUAUUUUGCACAACCCCCUAUCAGCGUAGAUCAGCUUCAACUGUCUAAGAAGUUGUAUUUCUGUUAAGCUUGAAAUUAAUGUUCUAUUGCACUACAAGUGUUGCAAAUAGUGCUGUUUUUUAAAAGUCCAGUGUGGGGUACACUGUGCCAAAAUGAGUCUCUCUGGGGAGUAUGAAGAGGGAAGCACUCCCUCUAGUAUCUGUGAAGAUACUGAAGAAGAAGCCACUGCUUCUGGAAGGAGUUUCUCAGGGACUGAGGGAGCGAUGUCCCCUAAACUAAGUUUUCCUGCCGAACAGGACACUGACAGGGAGCUUAAGAGGUUCAUGACAGACCGACCAGUCUCACCUGCACCAAGCUGUGUCUCCAUGAAGAGUGACCUGUCGAUGGGAAUUCCUAUUUUCUUCAGUGAUGGAGAAUUAUUCACUAGGCAAAGCAGUAUCUCUGAGGAGAAUGACCAGUCAAUGGAUCACCAACCCAGAGUCCCUACUGAUGACAAAGUGUACCCAACAGAAGUCCAGGAGAAAAUGAAACCCUACUUGAAGAAUAGGAUAUAUUCUUUAUUUGAGGGCAUUGAUGAUCAAGGAAAAACGACACCUCUUAACGACAUCUACACAGAGCUCUACAUCACACAAGGUGGAAUUGGAGAGGUCAAUAAUCAGAAUGAGGUGAGACAGAUUGAGACAGUAUGCAGUUGUCAAGUAGAACACGAGACAUCAAUCCAACUCAAUGACAUCUUCAAACCCUUACCUGGACAAGACAAGCUUAUCAGAACAGUGCUGACAAAGGGAGUUGCUGGCAUUGGAAAAACAGUGUCUGUGCUGAAGUUCAUGUUGGACUGGGCUGAAGAAAAAGCAAAUCAAGACAUCCAGAUCAUCUUUCCACUUCCUUUUCGGGAUCUGAACUUGAUGAGAGAUAAAAAUCUAAGUCUGAUAGAACUACUUCAUCACUCCUUUAAAGAAACAAAAGUAUCAGAAAUCUCAGAAAACAAAAAUAUUGUGUUUGUUUUUGAUGGUCUGGAUGAAUGUCGCCUUCCUCUAGACUUCCAGAAUAAUAAGAUCUGCUGUGAUGUCACAGAGUCAACUUCAGUGGAAGUUCUGCUGACAAACCUCAUCAAAGGGAAUCUGCUUCCCUCUGCUCACAUUUGGAUAACAUCCCGACCUGCAGCAGCCAAUCAGAUCCCUCCUGAGUGUGUUGACCAGGUGACAGAGGUACGAGGAUUCAAUGACCCACAGAAGGAGGAGUACUUCAGGAAGAGAAUUGGUGAGGAGGACCUGGCCAGCAGAAUCAUCUCACACAUAAAGACAUCAAGGAGCCUCCACAUCAUGUGCCACAUUCCAGUGUUCUGUUGGAUUUCAGCCACUGUCCUAGAGAGACUAUUGGUUGAAGCAGAGAGUCAAGAGAUCCCCAAGAAUCUGACUCAAAUGUACGCUCACCUCAUGAUCUUCCUGUCAAAACUGAGGACUCAGAAAUAUCCUGUAAAGCCUUCCAACGAUUUUUACUGGGAUAAAGAGAUGAUUUUGUCACUGGGAAAAUUGGCUUUUCAACAGCUAGAAAAAGGCCAUCUGAUAUUCUAUGAGGAAGACCUGAGAGAGUGUGGCAUUGACAUCAAGGAUGCGUCUGUGUACUCUGGAGUGUGCACUCAGAUCUUCAGAGAAGAGUCUGGGCUUAACCAGAUGAAGGUGUACUGCUUUGUACAUCUGAGUAUCCAGGAGUUUCUGGCUGCACUCUAUGUGUUCCUCAUGUUCACUAACGACAACAACAAUCUGAUGGCUAAAGAGAAAUCCCUCCACAACAAAAACAGUUUAUAUGAAGAUGCAGUGGACAAGGCCUUGCAGUUUGAAAAUGGCCAUCUGGACCUUUUCCUCCGCUUCCUUCUAGGCCUUUCACUGCAGUCCAAUCAGCAUCUCCUACAAGGCCUACUGACACCAACAGGAAGCAGCUCACAGAACAACAAGGAAACAGUCAAAUACAUCAAGGAGAAGAUCAGGGAGAACCUCCCCCUGGAGAGGUGUAUCAAUCUGUUCCACUGUCUGAAUGAACUGAAUGAUCAUUCUCUAGUGGAAGAGAUCCAAAGCUACCUGAGAUCAGGAAGUCUCUCAAAAUCUAAACUCUCAUCUGGACAGUGGUCAGCUCUGGUCUUCAUGUUGCUGACCUCCGAGAAGCUGGAUGUGUUUGACCUGAAGAAAUACAUCAGAUCAGAUGCGGCUCUUCUCAAACUUCUCCCAGUUGUCAGAUCCUCUAGAACAGCCCUGCUGAACGAAUGUAAACUCACCAAGAAAAGCUUUGAGGCACUGGCUUCUGUUCUCAAAUCAAACUCAUGCUGUCUGAGAGUGCUGGACAUGAGUGGCAAUAAACUCCAGGAUUCAGGAGUGAAGCUGCUCUCUGCUGGACUGGAGGAUCCACACUGUAAACUGGAGACAUUGAAGUUGAAUGAUUGCAACCUAACUGAGAAAUCCUGUGAGGUGAUGGCUUCAACUCUCAGCUCAAACACCUCAAUUUUGAGAGAGCUAGACCUGGGAGGAAAUGAACUCCAGGAUUCAGGAGUGAGAUUCAUCUGUGCUGGACUUGAGAAUCCACAAUGUAAAUUGGAGACACUGAGGCUGUCAGGCUGCAGCAUCACAGAGGAAGGCUGUGCUUCUCUUGCUUCAGCUCUGAGGUCAAACCCCUCCCACCUGAAGGAGCUGGACCUGAGUGGAAAUACUCCAGGAGUCUCUGGAGUAAAGCUGCUCUCUUCUGUACAAGAGGAUCCCCGCUAUACUGGAGACACUGCGGCUGUCAGGCUGCAGCAUCACAGGGAAAGGCUGUGCUUCUCUGGCUUCAGCUCUGAGGUCAAACCCCUCCCACCUGAAGGAGCUGGACCUGAGUGGAAAUACUCCAGGAGUCUCUGGAGUAAAGCUGCUCUCUUCUGUACAAGAGGAUCCCCUCUAUACACUGGAGACACUGCGCUGAAAUAUGCCACCACAGAUCAGACAGUGACAGGGGUCUCAGCAGUGUCAGGCAGCCAGGGAAGACUAGUUGGUGACAAAGUCCUGGCCCUGGGGGUCUGCUCAGUCCUGGCCCCGGGGGUCUGCUCAGUCCUGGCCCUGGGGGUCUGCUCAGUCCUGGCCCUGCGGGUCUGCUCAGUCCUGGCCCUGGGGGCCUGCUCAGUCCUGGCCCUGGGGGUCUGCCGUCCUGAGAAAAGCACUCCCUCUAGAAUGAGUCUCUCUGGGGAGAAAGAAGAGAGGGGAGGCACUCCUUCUAGUAUCUGUAAAAAGACUGAAGAAGAAGUCAUUGCUUCUGGAGUGAGUUUGUCAGGGAGUGAGGGAGCGUUGUCCCCUAAAAGGAGUUUUCCUACAGAACAGGACACUAAUAGUGAACUUAAGAGGAUCAAGACACACAGACCAGUCUCACCUGUACCUAGCUGUGUCUCCAUGAAGAGUGACAGGUCUAUGCUACCUCCUAUUCACUUCAGGGAGGGAGACUUUUCCACUGAACAAAGGAUCAAGACAGACCGACUAGUCUCACCUGUACCUGGCUGUGUCUCAAUGAAGAGUGACAAGUCAUUGGGACUAAAUAUUCUCUUCAGUGAUGGAGAAUUAUCCACUGGGCAAAGCAGUAUCUCUGAGGAGAAUGACCAGUCAAUGGAUCACCAACCCAGAGUCCCUACUGAUGACAGAGUGUACAACACUGUUUCCACUAAGACAGAAAUGAAAUCCUACUUGAAGAAUAGGGCAUAUUCUUUAUUUGAAGGCAUUGAGGAUCAAGCCAAAAAAACACCUCUUAACAACAUCUACACAGAGCUCUACAUCACACAAGGUGGAAGUGGAGAGGUUAAUUAUGAACAUGAGGUAAGACAGAUUGAGACAGCAUGCAGGUUUCCAGUAGAACAAGAGACAUCAAUCCAACUCAAUGACAUCUUCAAACCCUUACCUGGACAAGACAAGCCUAUCAGAACAGUGCUGACAAAGGGAGUUGCUGGCAUUGGAAAAACAGUGUCUGUGCUGAAGUUCAUGUUGGACUGGACUGAAGGAAAAGCAAAUCAAGACAUCCAGAUCAUCUUCCCACUUCCUUUUCGGGAUCUGAACUUGAUGAGAGAUAAAAAUCUAAGUCUGAUAGAACUACUUCAUCACUCCUUUAAAGAAACAAAAGUAUCAGAAAUCUCAGAAAACAAAAAUAUUGUGAUUGUUUUUGAUGGUCUGGAUGAAUGUCGCCUUCCUCUGGACUUCCAGAAUAAUAAGAUCUGCUGUGAUGUCACAGAGUCAACUUCAGUGGAAGUUCUGCUGACAAACCUCAUCAAAGGGAAUCUGCUUCCCUCUGCUCACAUUUGGAUAACAUCUCGACCGACAGCAGCCAAUCAGAUCCCUCCUGAGUGUGUUGACCAGGUGACAGAGGUACGAGGGUUCAAUGACCUACAGAAGGAGGAAUACUUCAGGAAGAGAAUCGGUGAGGAGGACCUGGCCAGCAGAAUCAUCUCACACAUAAAGACAUCAAGGAGCCUCCACAUCAUGUGCUACAUUCCAGUGUUCUGUUGGAUUUCAGCCACUGUCCUAGAGAGACUAUUAACUGAAACAGAGAGUCGAGAGAUCCCCAAGAAUCUGACUCAAAUGUACGCUCACCUCAUGAUCUUCCAGUCAAAACUGAGGAGUCAGAAAUAUCCUGUAAAGCCUUCCAACGAUUUUUACUGGGAUAAAGAGAUGAUUUUGUCACUGGGAAAAUUGGCUUUUCAACAGCUAGAAAAAGGUCAUCUGAUAUUCUAUGAGGACGACCUGAGAGAGUGUGGCAUUGACAUCAAGGAUGCGUCUGUGUACUCUGGAGUGUGCACUCAGAUCUUCAGAAAAGAGUCUGGGCUUAACCAAAUGAAGGUGUACUGCUUUGUACAUCUGAGUAUCCAGGAGUUUCUGGCUGCACUAUAUGUGUUCCUCGUGUUCACUAACGACAACAACAAUCUGAUGGCUAAAGAGAGAUCCCUCCGCAAAAACAAACUAUACCAAGAUGCAGUGAACAAGGCCUUGCAGUUUGAAAAUGGCCAGCUGGACCUUUUCCUCCGCUUCCUUCUAGGCCUUUCACUGCAGUCCAAUCAGCAUCUCCUAAAAGGCCUACUGACACAGACAGGAAGCAGAUCACAGAGCAACAAGAAAACAGUCAAGUACAUCAAGGAGAAGAUCAGGAAGAACCUCCCUCUGGAGAGGUGUAUCAAUCUGUUCCACUGUCUGAAUGAACUGAAUGAUCAUUCUCUAGUGGAAGAGAUCCAAAGCUACCUGAGAUCAGGAAGUCUCUCAAAAUCUAAACUCUCAUCUGGACAGUGGUCAGCUCUGGUCUUCAUGUUGCUGACCUCCGAGAAGCUGGAUGUGUUUGACCUGAAGAAAUACAUCAGAUCAGAUGCGGCUCUUCUCAAACUUCUCCCAGUUGUCAGAUCCUCUAGAACAGCCCUUCUGAACGAAUGUAAACUUACCAAGAAAAGCUGUGAUGCAAUAGCUUCUGUUCUCAAAUCAAACUCAUGCUGUCUGAGAGUGCUGGACAUGAGUGGCAAUAAACUCCAGGAUUCAGGAGUGAAGCUGCUCUCUGCUGGACUGGAGGAUCCACACUGUAAACUGGAGACAUUGAAGUUGAAUGAUUGCAACCUAACUGAGAAAUCCUGUGAGGUGAUGGCUUCAACUCUCAGUUCAAACACCUCAAGUUUGAGAGAGCUAGACCUGGGAGGAAAUGAACUCCAGGAUUCAGGAGUGAGAUUCAUCUGUGCUGGACUUGAGAAUCCACAAAGUAAAUUGGAGACACUGAGGUAAAACUUUCCCUCAUCAU